CGCGACGGGAUUUUACACACUUGGAUACAAUGACUGUCAUGGACAAACAAGCCGUCGUAUACCUGCACAGCAAUGUCGAUAGAAUGAGCGUCACGUUGACGUAUGCACAGAGUUUGGAUGGUUGUAUUGGCACAAGGACAGGGAAACCACUAGUCUUGUCGGGUCGUGAAAGUUUUCGAGUGACGCACACAUUACGACGUUAUCAUGAUUAUAUCCUCGUGGGAGCAGGCACAUGCGCGUCGGAUGAUCCAGGGUUGAAUGCACGCGAUGGACAUAAUAAUGCCGUUGACUUGGCCUAUCAACCCAUCCCGGUCUUUGUUGACUUGCAGGGUCGUUGUCAAUUGACAAAAGAUGCGAAAGUGUGUAAACUUGCGCGAAAGGGUCAAGGACUCCCUGCACUACGACUCGUUCACCGAGCCUUGUUUGAAGCGAGACACAGGCGAUUGUCUGCGGAUGUGAAUAUGGAAGCUGCGUGUUGUGGACUAGAGGCUGGUGGUGUCAAAACAAUCUUUCUCGAUGCUGCAACAAUCAAGGUGGAUGAAGCUGGUCAUGCGUCUUGCUCUUGGGACGAUAUCAUUGCUUGUCUACGCGCGUUGGACCCUAAAAAACAGAGCAUCAUGAUUGAAGGCGGCGCAGGAGUCAUUCGCUCCGUGCUAGCAGAACGAGCAGCUUCACUGGUGAUUGUGACGGUUGCGCCGUCGUAUAUCGGAGAGAAUGGCGUCUCCUUGGGCUUGACUGAAGCAAUUGGACUCAUGGGCGUCAAGACUGCAGUAUUUGGUCGCGAUACGGUCAUGAGCGGUGUGUUGAGAUCGUAAAGCAUCAACAUCAUAAACAUAAACUAUUGGUAACUAUGGGGAUUGCUUCAAGCAGAAGUUGGAUUCUCAUUCUUGUCCAAGAUGCCUUCCUUGAUGAGUGUCUCUGGUUCUGGCCUGUGUUCGAGUUUCUCCUCCAACGCAUGAGCAACAUUUUGGUGUAAAUCGUGCGUGCCACCGCCUUGACC